GUUGCGCGCGCAUAUUUAAUGGAAGCUGGAAAAAAUGGAGCUCCGUAAAUAAUCACCAUUAUCACCUAUUUUAUAAGUAUCUCAGAGUCAUACUAGUCUCAAACAUACAUAUAAACAUUACACAAUACCUGGAUAUAUAUUUAUGCUGGAUAUUUCCACGGACAUUAUCUAGGUGAGUCAACUAAAUCAAGUUGAAAUUUCAACAUGGAUUCAUUAGAUUUUGACAUGGUUGAAAGAACCCUCCAUAAGCUAGUUGAAGAGUCAACUGAAACUAUUAUGAUUGAAAUAGAUCAAGAUUAUACAGAUUCUGAAUUGGAUGUUAUACGUGAGAGAUUCUUUGAGAUGGCUCAGUCUAGAGUUUUGGAAACGUGUGCUGCUUUGUUUGGCCCGCUUGCACAACGGGAACAAAAUCAGUUACCGUCAAAAUUAAAACCCGUGAGACGCACUGGUAGCAAUAGAAAGUUGAUGCUUUCUAAGGACAUAUGUGACCUAUAUCUUUACGUCAAUGAACAUUUGGACGAUUUCCCACGUUCAGUGUUGAGCUCGGUAUCGUUUCUUCCCGAUGUAAAAAAGGCAAAACGACAAGCAGUGGACACAAAAGCUAAAUCGGAACAACGGGACCAUAUAAUUCGCCUGGAGUCGAAAGUUAGACAACUGAAUACCAAGAUCGUGGAGGUGGAAUCAGAAUGUAAUAAAGUUAUUACUACCCAGAGAAAGCGAAUAGAAGUUUUAGAGACUGAGGUGAGCAAUAUGUCAACUAUUCUUGACCAGAUCUUACUAUCGAUAAAUGUACCCAAGUCACCUACUAAGCCGGUAAUUGGGCCUAAUAAUAACAGUGUAUUGGAAACCGAGAGUACUCCUGAAAAGUCGGUCAACCCAUUGAGUACAGACACAAACAUUGUAAUUAUUGCAGAUAAGUCCCCUAAGGAAUUUGUCACUCAAACGGGGUCAAUAAUUGGUGCUAAACAUCAAAAUGUAAACAAAGCCAGUCCGGCGGACGACGAGACACGAACGGAACCUGUUCAGUUCGUACCUACAUACAGUACGGCCGUCAAACUUGGCACCAACGCUCCUGCUGCUAAACGGCACGCUGAGCCACCCACGCGGCCCCAUCUCAACAAGGCUACCUCAUUUCCGAAAUCUGCUAGGAAUACUACAAAGCCCCUCAGUGGCCUGAAAUUUGAGCGAUCGAGGACACUCUACGUCAGCAACAUUCGAAUGGAUUUCGAUGACACUGACACAGAUAUUGAGGAUCGUGUUAAGCGCCAUGUGUCUUCCUUCAAUGUAAAUAUCGUCAAAAUCAAUGUCAUUCAUAACCGCUUCAACAAGUUCAGAGUUGGAUGUAAAAUCGAUGUGCCGGAAUCGAAUGUUGAUGAUGCCAUGGAUAGUGAAAAUUGGCCUGAUCCAAUCGAAGUACGUAUCUGGACCCGUUUCAAGAAUCGCGGUCAAUACACGGACAGCCAUCCACGAUAUGAUCAGCACCAGCGAGAUGGAGCUACGCGUACUGAACCAGGAGCUACAGUAAAUCGCACCAACCGCCAUCCUCGUGAUAAUUACCGCCAAAACUCUGAUGAUCAUGACUAUCACUCGUAUCCACGUCCUGAUUAUGACUGCGAUAGCAAUGGCGAUCGCUACGACGACGAUGAUCGUCAGCCUGUGGAUCGCAAUAGUGUACGUAACUCUUAUGACAAUGACAACACACGUUAUUCACGAGUCGGGGGUACUUAUAAUGACUAUGAUGAAGAUGCAUGGGAUCACCGUCUGCAAGACAAUAGUCACAAAUAUUUCACACGAUACCCCGUGAGCACGGAGUACACUGACCAUUCUUAA